AUGUCACUACCCGCAAUUGGAAGGAUAGAGGAAAAAACUACCUGUGCUCCAGAUUCCCUUACCAACUCUCCCAAGGCCCUGAAGUCUCUUGAUUCCCCUUGGACUACAUCACUGCAGCUUCAUCGCCACCCACAAGGAAGAACAGCAGCGGCGCCGCUCUCGUUGCAGGAGGAUAAGAUCAACGCGCUCAUCAAAGCGGCCGGAGUGAACGUGGAGCCGUUCUGGCCGGGCCUCUUCGCGAAGGCUCUGGCCAACAUCGACAUCGGAAGCCUGAUCUGUAACGUGGGAGCUGGUGGCGGUGGCGCUCCAGCUGCAGCCGCUCCUGCGGGCGGCGCUGCACCCGCGGGCGGGGCUGCCCCUGCUGAGGAGAAGAAAGAAGAGGAAAAGAAGGAAGAAUCAGAGGAAUCUGAUGAUGACAUGGGCUUUGGUCUUUUUGACUAAUUAGUUUUGUACCUGUCUGUAAUAAAGACCAAUUACUUGUA